CCUUCCUCCUCCGCUUCUCCUCAAACCCUGAUACUUCCCAAGACAGGAACUCGGAGAUGGAUCACGGCGGGAUGAGCGAGACGGGCAUGAACGCCUCCUCCAUGACCGAGACGCACUACACCCACAUGACCUUCUUCUGGGGCAAGAACUCGGAGAUCCUCUUCACGGGCUGGCCCGGCACCAGGGGCGGCAUGUACGCCCUCGCUCUCGUCGUCGUCUUCGCCUUCUCCUUCCUCCUCGAGUGGCUCCACCACUGCCGCCUCGUCAGGCCGGGAGCCGGCCGCAUCGCCACGGGUCUCGCCCAGACGGCGCUACACGCGCUGCGCGUCGGCCUCGCCUACCUCGUGAUGCUCGCGGUCAUGUCGUUCAACGGCGGCGUGCUGAUCGUCGCCGUCGCCGGGCACGCCCUCGGGUUCCUGCUCUUCGGCAGCGCGGCGUGUCGGAAGACGCCGCUGCAGCCGGCUUGCGCCGGCAAGGGCGAUCUUCCGCCUAUGGCUUGCUGAUCGUUUUACGUGUGGUGUGAGUUUGAAGUCUCGUGUGAAGUCUUGCAUCCUAAUAAGCCUUACUUGUAUAAGCUGUGACAGAAGGCAUUUGAAUUCAUCUAUCAGAAGUCUCUUUGUAACCAUCAUGCAUUUGUGAUGAAGAAGAAUGGUUGGUGGCUUGUGACCAAUCAAGACUGCAACAACAUUCUUGCGUGAUUCUGAAAUAACACAGGCUAUUAUAUUUUGUUGAAA